AUGAAUUAUGAAUUAUUAUUACAAAAACUAAAUGUUCAAAUAGAACCAUUGGAUAGAAAAAGUGAAACUUUUAAAACAAUAGAGAAUUUAGUGUAUAAAGGACAACAGGUAGAUAUAGAAAAUAAAAGUAAUGGUAAUAGUACAGACGAAUAUGACUAUGAAGACGAAAAUAAACCUUAUAGAGUAGAUUGUUUGGAUAUAUUUACUGCAACUAGACCAUCGGAUUCAAGCAAAUCUUUUAUCAACAAAGAUAAUUUCAAACAAUCGUUACUAUGGUAUGGUUGUUUUAAUAGUAGUGUUGCUGCAAAACUUUUAAAUGGUAUUCAACCUCAAUUUACAACUUAUACAAACUAUAGGGCUGUUUCACUUUGGGAUAAUAUUUUAGGAUGCACAGAUAAUAUUAAUAUGGGUAAAUUUUAUAAAGAUAAAAAUGGUAAAUAUAAACCAAAUAAAGGAAUUUUAAUGUUGGUAGAGGUAAACUAUAAAGAAAAGGUUAUUCCAAAUCAAAUUAAAAUUGACAAUAUAAAAAGUUCAGACUAUUCAAGAGACACCUUAAAUUACAAUGAAGAUGAUGAUACUGAGGAUGAAUCUGAACAAACCAUUGUGCCAAUUAUCGGUGAGGAUGAAGAUGAUAUUGUAGAGGUAAUUCCAUCUAAAAAAUCGAAAUCAAAAUCAAAAUCGAAGUCAAAUAAUAAUAAUAAUAGUAAAAAAGAAAAAUAUGUAUAUUGUAAAGAAAUUAAAGAUGAAAUUGGAAUGAAUCAAAUGCUACAGAUUACAGGCGAACUUUCACCCAAUCCAAAUCAUUCAUUAUAUCUCCAUAAUUUAAAAAUACCAAAUGGACCUUUCAUUCCAUCGACCAAUACUGUUAAAGGCAAUGGUUGGAUAAAUGGCUAUUUAAAAACUUGGGACAAAUAUAAUCAAUUUUUAAUUCCCUCAGAUAAAAUGAUUAAAUUAAGGUAUCUAGUAAUUGUAGAAACAAGACCAACUAAACAUUAUAAACCAAUUUCAUCAGUAUCUCCUUUAAAAUCACCUGUAAAGCAUAGCAAUAAUCAAAAUACAACAAAUACAAAAUCAAAUAGUAUUUGGGAUAAUGUAUUAGUUAAAAAAAGACCAAUAGACUCUAUAGAUAAACCAUCAAAUGACUCUCAGUAUUCACCUAGUUUUGUAGUUUUAGAUGAUGACAUCAAUAACCAAAAAACAAAUAAAAAACAAAAAAUCUAA